AUGCGACAUCGUACCUGCUCAACAAUAUUCUCAUGUAGUUUUAUCAUCUGCGGCCUGCUUGCAAUCGGCGGAACACUUCAACCACGAAAUCUACCAAAUCUUCCGCCGCCACCACCACCAGAGCAAUGUCCAAGGGAGCUGGACUUGACUCCGGAGACGUGGAACAAAUUAAAAAUGGACGAAUACAUUGCUAGUAUUCCGGAUAUAGAUAAAAUGAACUUAGCAGAGUUUUCCCGCAAAAUAGGCGCUGCGAAUUUCUUUUGUGGUAUAGGUCUAUCUUGCAAUGCCGGCCAACUUUGUAGCCCUGUGGCGGGUAAAAAUUGGUUGAUUCUUGUUGCCAUUCAACAUUGGAACUCUUACAUGAACGCCGCCUAUCAAGCCAUCUCAAAUGCAAUUACGAUCGUCAGAGAUGCCUCUGCGGAAUUGAUCACAGAUUUCAUUCCCGACACGGUCAUGGAUAACAGCAUUUACGGAUGGGCAAUAGCCACACUCGUACUUGGAGUCUUGGCUGCUUUUACUGCAGUGUUGACUCCGAUACUUUGCGUCGCGCCUGAGAUAGAAGCUAUCCCGGCCUAUGGCAAGGCGGGCACCAUAGCAUCAAUGGCUGCGGCUAACUUCGAAAAGGCUCAACAAGCGAGAUAUGCUCGCGAUGUGGUGGGCAUUUGGCAAGCGAAACAAGCUGAAGAUACCCGUGUCAUCGCCGUCGCAGCGAAAGAGGCUCUCGAGGCUAAGAAACCUCUACCUCCCCUAAAACCAGCCACAACUGUCGCAGACGUGUCAGCCGCGAUACCUCUGGUACCUGGGGGAGUCGUCAUAUCCCACAGAAAACGGUCCACCUCGGAUGAGAACCAUGGAAUGAACAAUCAGAAAACACCACUUCUUUACAAUGUAAACCCCUCGGACGAUCCCAGUCAAUCAAUGAGACUCCAAAAGAGAAAGGGUCCGCCCCCAAGUGCUUUCGCAUAUCAACGAUACGCCGAAGUCGACACACAUCUCGCCGCCAUCCAAAACCGACUCCAGAAAGAUGUAGCAGGAUCUGUUCACGCCGGAGUCACUUUGCCGAUUUAUAAUGAAAACGGAUUGGCAAGCGUUUUGUUGGGCGGCAUGAUGUUCCAGAAACUUCCGGAUCAAGUUGCUCUAGAAGAAAAACAUAGGGCCUUCGCUAAAAUAACCGCACUCAACGAAAUAUUCAAGGCUCAGAAUAUGUUUGUAACUCUUGAUUGCGAUCCUUGUAAGGAUUCUGGACCGGGAGGGGCGUGGCCGCAAGACAAAUUCUUGUCAUACUGUACUCCUCAAGGAUCAAUGAGAAAUAUCAUCAGAGCCGAAGGUAUUCAUGCUCGUAAUGAGGUUAGAAAUGCAGCGCUUCUUCUGGGAAAGUAUGGGUUCAGUACCGAAUCUUUGACUCAAAAAGCAAUAGAUUGCCAAACUAAGUAUGGAUUUUAUAAACCAGGAGGAAAGGCGCCUGAACCUAAGGACGCGGAGGCUGAAUGUGUUUUCAAUAUUCCGGUUUGUGACUGCAAGGUAGAUGUCAUUCACAAGAAGAAACACAAAAAGAAAGGAACUGUCAGGGCAUGCAGAGCCGCCGGUGUGCCAAUAUAA